CUCUCUUCAUUCUAAUAUUAGUUCUAAUAAAAAUAUUCAUACCUUUCAAAUAAAUAGUUUAUUUUGAUUGGUUGUAUUGAUUAAAAUUGGGCUGGGCAAAUGAUAAAUGAAAUUUUAUAUUUUACAUUGAGUUAAGUGAUUUAAAAUUAUCCGAAAAUUUAAUGUAAAUUUUUAUAAUUUUAUAAUAAACUUAAUAGAUUUACAUUAGUGUGUUUCCCUCAGCAACAAAAACACCACAGCCGACACCACCACCAUCACCACCACCAACACCAACAACAACAACAACAACAACAAAGAAAAAAGUUUUUCAAAUCGCAAACAAUAAAUUCACAUUUAGUUUUCAUUAUUAUUUGAAUUCAUCAACGGAACAUAUUUUAAUGUAUUAAUUACGAUAAAUAAACAAACGUUUAAUUCAUUGACAAAAUGCCAGAAGAAACUGUAUCACCAAUGGAGUCAGAACCACCCACUAUCCAUGGAAAAGCACAUCAUGGAGUGGACCCCGACGAUCAUGUUGCAGUUGAAGGGUCCGGUGAAGAAUUCAAGCAAAAGAUGGAUGAUUUUAUCAAAGAAUUAGCAGUAAAAAUGCAUGUUCCAACAGGAGCUGUGAUUGCUAUGGUUAUUGGUGUGAUCCUAUUUGUUUUAUUAAUAUUGUUUUGUAUUUGUAAACGAUGCGUAUUCAAACGUCGGAAAAAGGAUCGUGGAGCGAAAAAAAGCAAAGCGGAUAUAAAAAGUGUACAACUUUUAGGCAAAGGUUUAACUAAAGAUAAGGGAGAUCUAGAUGAAUUAGAAGCAAAUAUGGAAGAUAAUGAAGGUGUACAAGAGAAGGAAGAAGUCAAUUUGGGCAAACUACAAUAUUCUAUUGAUUACGAUUUUACCCAAGGAGAGUUAACAGUUGGUGUAAUACAAGCAACCGAUUUGCCUGGAAUGGAUUUAUCUGGAACAUCUGAUCCAUAUGUAAAAGUGUUUCUAUUGCCUGAAAAGAAAAAGAAAUAUGAAACUAAAGUACAUCGAAAAACAUUAAAUCCAGUAUUCAAUGAAACAUUUGUGUUUAAAGUUCCAUAUGCUGAGGUUGGGGGGAAAACUCUAGUGUUCAAUGUUUAUGAUUUCGACAGAUUUUCGAAACAUGAUCAAAUAGGUCAAAUUCAAGUACCACUUGGAUCUGUUGAUUUGGCACGCGUAAUUGAGGAAUGGCGUGAUUUAAGUCCUCCUGAUGAUGAUGAAAAGGAAAAUCGUCUUGGUGAUAUUUGUUUCUCAUUACGUUAUGUUCCAACUGCUGGAAAAUUAACUAUCAAUAUUUUGGAAGCUAAAAAUCUCAAGAAAAUGGACGUUGGUGGAUUAUCUGAUCCAUAUGUUAAACUUUCUCUAAUGUUGGGAGGGAAGAGAAUUAAAAAGAAGAAGACUACUAUUAAGAAAUGCACAUUAAAUCCCUAUUACAAUGAAUCAUUUGCAUUUGAAGUACCAUUUGAACAAAUCCAAAAAGUAACAUUGAUUGUGAUCGUGGUAGAUUAUGAUCGAAUCGGUACAUCAGAAGCAAUUGGCCGAGUUGUUUUAGGUUGCAAUGAAACAGGAGCGGGUUUACGUCAUUGGUCAGACAUGUUAGCCAAUCCUCGUCGACCUAUUGCCCAAUGGCACACUUUGCAACCAAUGCCUGAAAAAGGUUAAAAUAUAUAUAUAAUUGCAAAAGAAAACUCAAACAAUACACUCAACAAUUUAUUUCACUAUUUUCCUCUAGUGUACCUACCUACCUAUCUUUCUAACAGGAUUAUAUUCUAACCACAGAAUAAUAAAACAUUUAGAAUGAUAUGUAACAAAUGAAAAAGCCAAUACAACAAAACCCUACGAAUUGUGCAUUUCUUAUAUUUAUCAGUUACUCAUUUCGCCGGGCUCUAUUCUACUAUUUGAAAUAGUAAUGAAAAGAUUAGAAAGAUAUUAAUUUAAAAGUGUAACUUCAAUGUGUAACCAAUACAGAAACUAUACAUCACUUAUGGAUACUUAAAAAAAUAAUAAUAAUAACCAUUUUUUUUUCAUUUAGUGUUUUCUUAAUGAGAAUCAUUUCAAUUAAUUAAUCCUUUCCUUGGUCUAAUUUGUGUCAACAGGAAAAUCACAGCUAAUUUUGAAGUUCUUUACAUAUAAUUAAAGUUUAUCUGAUUCGUCUUUUAUUUAAUACCACUCUUAUAUAUAUAUACAUACACACACACACAUAAUCCUUCUCCCGUUUUGUUUCUUUUUUUCGUGGGGAAUCAUUAUGACAUUUAUUCCUAUACAAAAUAAUCUGUUAUCUUGUUUUUUCUGAUAAAAUAAUAAUAAUAAUACUACUAAUAACCACUCUGUUCAUGUUAUUUUUCUUUUACACGUCGUAUAUACAUACAUCAAUACACACAAUAUACAUUUCAAUCUUGAAUUUAGCCUCUUUAUUAAUUGUACGAGUUUUAAUUUGUCUUAAGAGUAUUGUUUAAAUGAUUAAUUCUUUGUUAAAUGGAUAUUCAAUGUACGUCAAUAUUCAUCGUCUUUUUUUUUUCUCUCCUUUUAAAACACAUAUAAAUACGAAGAGUUCAUUAUCAUGUGAAGUUCGAAAUAAAGAUCUCUUUAUUGAUUAAAAG